GUUUAGCCAGUAGCCUAACUUGCGUCCCCCUUGCUAAGUUAGGCUAAUUGUUUGAAAUGUCAAAGCUAAUCGCAGUCCACUGAUGGGCUCAUACGUUUCCAUUGAUAAUACAUAUUAGAGUCCAAAACAAUACUGGAGUUUCCUUUUAAUUUUGACAUUACUAAUUUUCGGAGCGUAUAGCCGGUGACGCGUUGUUAACCGUCAGAACGCCUGGGUGAAUGGGUCAGGGAUAUUAUUAAUGGUUCAUUGUUCGAUUCAUAUUGUUAUUUUUUUAUUUGAUACUUGAUCGGGUGGUGAAACAGUUGUGUAAUUGCACUAAAGUUUAACAAUACGUAGCCAGCAAUGACGACCCUAAGUGGUAAAGCUUAUUGGAAUUCCUUAUUUAGCCUACUGGUGUUUCUUGGAAAGAAAAUCAUGGCUAUUGCUGUCUGAAUUCUGCAUUUCCACCAAAGCUAUCCAAAUUCAUCAGUACUGAGAAGGUGCAGGAUGAACAGAGACGCUGGGGUUUGGCAAUGGGGAGCAGGACGUCGGGAUAAACCAGUCUCAGGGAUACUUAUGAAGGCACCCAUGCAAAGCAUCCCUCAGCGAUACCGCAGCAUUUUGGGAUCGCUUUCCCUGUUCACUCAAUGCAAGCAAAACACAGGCAGGGUUGAGGAGCGGUGCCCUAUUACUCCUGACCUGGAGGGACAGAGGAUAGCCCCUACCUCCCUGCCGGAGCUGUUUCACCUGGUGCAGUGUAGGAUGCAGGUGCAUUCUGUCCUCUCCUCUACAUCUCACGAGGAUCAGCAGACACUGGCAGAGGUGCUGAUGUCAGAGCUGGGACUGAUUUGGCAUGAUCUGAUUGCACUGGGCAGUGACCCCUCUCUGUCCCAGGAAGAGAAUGAGCAGCUUCACAGCCAGAUCUUUAGCGAGGUCAUCCGGGUCUGCGAGGAGAUUUACCUUCACUGCCUGCAGUUGCUGGACACGCUGAGGAACCGUGCUGUUUUCAGCAACCAGGCCAACCUCAUCCGUGUGAGGGCACAGAUGGCCAUGGCCUGCAGCAGUCUUUUAAACAUCCACAACAUCAAGCAGAAUCUCACUCUUGGAAUCAAGGCAUUGAGGAGGAUCAGGCUCAGUGCUGCAAACAGCGAUGAACACAGGGAGCAGGGGGUGCCAGACAUGCACUCUACUCCCCGUAGGAUGAACUUAUCUCUGCAGCCCAAGUCAAGCAGCAUGAAAAGUAGGCCAAGCUGGCAACAGAAGGACACCAUUGAAACUGACCUUCAAGAGAUCACUGAGAAGAUUGAAGAUCUGGACUUAAAGCUUAUAUAUGAUCUUGUUUCUUUUCCCAUGGAGAUCACUAAUAGAGAAGCCACACAAUGUGUUGCAGAGAACACACACAGUGCUGCAAGUCAGAAAGAUGACCUCAUCACUAGUACAUGUCCCUGCAAAAUUAAGGGUUGCAGCUCAUUGCCAGAGCUGCAGCAGCAGAUGUUGCUGGAGGAGCUGCAGGUGGAGCGGUUGGCAUCUCGGCCCCAGACUCCGCUGGUGUUACCAGCCGCUGAGGCCAGCCCCAGACCGCCUAAACCUAUAGACCCAGCUGAGGACCUGAGGAGGCUGUUAGAGGAUAGGGAACCUCAUGAGAAGAUGGGGCUUGAAGACCCUGAAGCAGACCUUCCCCCUCUGAUCAAAGCCCUGACCCACCAUAGCUCCACCAAACUACAGCUGCUGCAGCAGUCUCUGCAGGAGGAACACUUACCGAGUCCGCAGGAGAACGAGGAGAAGACAGCGAGGAAGGCCGCAGUGGAGGAAUCGGAGCACCCCCAGGCAGCAGUCGUCAACGUUGCGUUCUCUCCCAAAUCCAUCUCCCGCAUGGCAGCGGCCCGGGUUUCUGACAGGGUGUUCACGGAGACCAUCAGCAUGCAGCCAUACCCGCCCAUCUGCAAUGACCUCACCGGGGAGAUCGAGUUCUCUUCAGUGGAAUGGCUGGAUCGCAACCUGUUCGCGGGAGCAGAAAUAACUGAAGUUUACAGGGAAUUAUCAAAGAGUAUUUCAUCCCAGCAUCUGAACUUUGACGAGGAUCCAAUAUUUGAGCCAGCCCUGAACGAUACCAGCUUCAGGAAAUCACCCUCAACCAAAAGAAAGAGACCAUGUUUCAUCAACCCUGAGCUGAAGGGACAGAAUCCCGGUAAUGUGACCCAGAGAAGAAGGACAAAAAUUGAGAAGUACCAUGAGAGACCACAGGAUGUUACAUCACGGGAAUACAACGCCUGGCUGCAGUGGUGGAAAUCCCACCUGUCUUUGGAGGACUAUCUGAAGUAUAUCUCCACCCAGGAGUUAGAUUACCUGGGAGUGGUGUUUCAUCUGUACGACAGUGAUGACGACGAAAACAAGAAGACUAGACCUCUUACGCUUCAAGAGAAAGAGAGCGAAAAGCGAAGGGAGAAGAUUGAGGCUCUGAAGAGUAAAAAGGAUGAAUUUGUGACGGGGUUGUGGAACGUGAACUCCGUCAUGCUCGGGGGACUAGGGAAGGAUCCGGAACUAGAGGAUGAUGAUUGCCCAAAAGAUGAUGCACCUGUCAGCUCCAAACAGAAGGAGCGGGGAGCCAGGCUCUGGUCAGAGCAGGAUAAGUGCGGCCAGAUGGCCGAGAGGCCGGAGGGAAGUCAACUGCAGACGCGACUGGAGAGAAUCUGGAGUGUCCUCUGCUUCCCGGACGGAAUGCGACAGGACAUGGCCCUCAAAUACAGCUCCAACACACACAGGGACCGGCUUCAGGAGGCCAUUGUGGAGUGGGAGCGAACUGCACAGUUGAUCCAGCAGAGGGAGACAGUGCUUGCCCAACUGGAGCAAUUUGAGAAGGAUGCCUCUGACCCCAACAGAUUCUUCCAGCAGGGUUAUGGAGGCUCGUCGAUGGCAAGGAUGGAUGAAUCAAGGCGAAGGGAGAAACUGAACUCCCAGAUAUCAGCCCUGGAGAAGGUGCUGCACAAGACCAUACAAGAGAUUGAAGAGCGUUUCAAGGACACAGUUACGUACAGGGGAAGGCCCUACAGGGAGAAGAUGCGCUGGGAUCGCAUUGAGAUGCUGUACUGGCUGCAGCAAGAGCGACGCAUCCAGGCCCUGGAGAAGGUCAUAGAGGGUGCUGGGACUGUUCCUCUCAGACUCCCUCCACUGGAGUCACACCAGCAGGGCUCCUGCACACACCCCACUCAUUCUCCAACAGGAAACCCCCACCUGGAUCGAGAAUCACACUGCCAGCUCAUGCUCUGACACCGUUUCCAACAUGUAAACAAAUAAAUGUAAUUUGUCUUUGA